AUGUCGUCCCAAGAAAGCUUGGUAUUUAAAGAAAUGACCUCUUUGAAGGUUCAGGCCAAGUCCAUUGAGUUCGCCCAAGCCCACGACUAUCUCCCGCGCCGGCAAAGGGAAGCCUGGCCGGCCAUCGAGCAGGCUUUCUCCAAGGCAGAGGAGUUCGGGUGCAUAGAAACCGCCUUCCGCGUCUUGGCGGGGCGUGAGCCGACGAUGAUGGGCCCGAGAUGGCUGGCGGAACACCUGAAAGUCCUCUCCGACGCGACGACCGCCAAGUUGAUCGACAUGAUGAUCGACCGCAAGCUGAUCCCUCGGGCGACCAUCGACCUCGUCACAUACGGCAUCGGCUGUGGUUGGAUCGGAAACCAUGAUUCGGACGGCGUGAGACUCUCGAAAUACCGCCGCCGGUGGGCUGAACAAGUUCAGGCCCAGGAGGGAGAGCAUAAGGCGCUUCAGGAUGAGUAUCUCGCGCGGUGGCAGCCAGUCAGCGACUUUAUCGCCCAAAAGGUCACGGAGGCCAGGGACUAUGCGGACGGCGCCCAUGGUCUCUUGACUCAUCGCUACGGUCACAACCUGAGCGGGGCCAAUUUUGGAUACGAGCUUCAGCCAGCGUUGACAGCCCCACCUAAGAAGGACGCUCUCCGUGGCGUGCACCCGGCCCUUUUUGUUACUCGUAUUCUGGUGGGCUUACUCACCAAUGGCAUAAGUGAACAGGCCAAAUGGUUCGGCGAGGAACCGACUGACCCUUGUUGGAAGCAUGAGUGA